AGCAUACAAGCUACAACAAACCAAAGAAGAGACUCUUCACACCUUCAAAUGAGUGCAGAAAUGGGAGACCUUGGAAAGCAAGCACCAGAGAGGUAUGCCGUGGUUACUGGUGCAAACAAGGGCAUUGGCCUUGAGACUGUUCGGCAGCUUGCAACCUCCGGCGUGACCGUCGUGUUAACAGCCAGAGACGAGGAGAGGGGUAGAGACGCCGCGUCGUCACUCCAUGAGUCAGGUCUGUCAAAUGUAGUCUUCUACCAGCUUGAUGUUCAGGACCUUGAUAGCAUCAAUUCUUUGGCCAAAUUCAUACAGAUUCAAUAUGGAAGGCUUGAUAUCUUGGUAAACAAUGCUGGGAUUUCUGGAGUGAUAGUUGAUGAGGAUGGCCUAAGGGCCCUAAACGUAGAUCCAUCCUACUUGGGGCUCUCAGGCAAGGCAACCAAUUUGGUACAAGGUGUGAUUAAAUCAACCUAUGCAAAUGCAGAACAAUGCUUGAACAUCAAUUACCAUGGUUGCACGAGACUGACAGAAGCUCUUCUUCCCCUGCUACAGCUUUCCACUUGCACAGGAAGAAUAGUAAACGUCUCUUCCCUCCGCAGUGAAUUAUGCCGGAUUCCCAACGCGCAGACAAGGAAGGAACUUGCAGAUAUAGACAAUCUGACAGAAGAAAAAAUUGAUAGGAUACUGGAAAGGUUUUUGCAUGAUUUUAAACAAGACGCGCUUGAAACUAAUGGAUGGUCAAAAAUGCUGCCUGCAUACAGCAUAUCAAAGGCCACCCUUAAUGGAGUUCUUGCCAAGAAGUACCCUAACAUGUUAAUCAACUGUGUCCAUCCUGGAUAUGUUAAUACUGCUAUAAAUUGGCAUAAUGGGACUAUGACAGUGGAAGAUGGAGCUAAAGGUUCUGUCAUGUUGGCUCUUCUACCUGAAGGAGGUCCUACUGGUUGCUACUUUGAUCGUACAGAGGUCGCUGAAUUUUGAAUAUCCCUAUUCUAAUUGCAGCUAGACCAUCUGUUCUUGCUGAAUUUUAUAUCCCCGCUGUUAUUAGUUGAAGAUAAUAAACACCUGGGGGUCCAAAUAAAUCCAUGCCAGUAGUAUUUAUUUUGAAUUCAAUGUUUUAGUUUGUUGUUUUUCUUUAAUUCGAUGGAAAUUGUUGAUGCAUAAACCUGCACAAUCCGGAGUAGAAUGCCUUUCUUGCAAAAAAGGAGUAGUGACGACCGGUG